UUAGUGGUCUUAGUCAUCAGAUUAUAGAAGAAAUACUGAAGAAAUUGUUUUCAAGCGAAGCAAGAGCACAAACACUGAAAAAUAGUGCACAGACUGCUAUCGUUGCAGCGGCAAACUGCGAGAACUGGGACAUCCUCAUGAUAUUCUUGAUGAUACCCUAUACUCUCCUGAAUGAUGAACCAAACCUAUUGUCAGUCAUAGAGAUGGUGGAUAAAAGCCAGACACUUAGGUCAAAUUGGUCUAUGCAUAUAGAUGUACUAAGCUCAGUGUGGAGACAUUCAAAACAGAAGAUUCUCGACAGCAUAGACAAAAGAGUCCCAAACACCUUGGUACAGCUGGCAGCAGAACUCAACAUGUGGUCACGUGUCUGUGAUCUUCUCGUCACCAAGCCUGACCUGAACCUUCUUGACAGGGAUGGUCUCUCAGUCCUGCACAGACUCAUCAUGUGUCCUGACAGCAGGUUUGACUCUCUUCUUCCGGUUCUUCUGGAAAAUGGCGCCGACUUCAACCUGAAAACAAAGAAAGGAGAAACGGUACUUCAUAUAGCGGCUAAAUAUCAAAAGGUUGAAUAUGUUUCUGAGUGUGUACAACAAGUGGACACAAAGGACUGUGAAAGUUUAACGCCAAAGAUUGCUAGUAAAUAUCACAUUAAGUGUGCGAAGUCAAAACAACAGAUGGUAUCAAAACUUAUAGAUAUGUGCCAUGAACUCGACGAUUGUGAUAGUCUGGGGAACACGCCUGUCAUCUUAGCUGCAGAAAACAACAACGAAGGGUUGCUGAGGCUCUUGCUGGAACAUGGCGCUCGAACGGAUGUUGUCGACGAAGAACAGAGGUCAGUGCUGCAUGUUCUCGCUCUCAAGGGAUCUUCCAUGGUUUCUGAUACUUACACAACCUUGAUCUCUCUGUGUGUGAACAACGGUGUUCAGAUGAACAGCCCAGACAUAAAUGGAUUGACUGCACUUCACCUAGCCGUGAAGUCUCACAACUGGACGUUCAUGAAAUCGUUGGUUAAUUUUGGAGCAGACACAGGACGACCUGAUGGUGAAGGCUACAAUGUUUUACACAGGCUCGCCAUGACUUCAGAACAACUAGAUAAUGUCUGUCAACUUUUUGAUCUUCUUCAUCAGCGAGGGUGUGAUCUGAACGCUGAGUGUCGGGCAGGUGACACCGUUUUGCACCUGGCGGCAAUGAUUGAAAACUUGAAACUAGUCAAGCACCUCAUAGGGCUUGUUACUAGCUUGGAUCGGUGUAACAAACAGGGUUUCACAAUUCUACAUCUUCUUGCUAUAUAUAAGCUUCGACCUCCUGAAGAUGGCCAGAGUUCACCUGAUGAGGUCUGUGAGAACCAUCGCACAGAGUUAUUAUCAGUCAUUGAUAUCUUACUUGACAAAGGAGCAGACUUGGAGCUUCGCUGCUCGAGCGGCGAUACAGCGCUUCACCUGGCGGCGAAACACAAAAACUGGACAUUGUUCACACAUUUGCUUCAGAAAGGAGCAAAGAUUCAAGAGGAUGUGACUGACAAAAUCACCCUUAUCGAAAGAGUUGCUGAAAGCAGCAUGGCAGUCAACGAGCAACUCUACAUUUUUAGCUAUCUUCUUCAACACUGUGCCUUGCAAAAUACACGGAAUCUUCAUGGUGACACGGUCCUUCAAGUUGCCGCCAAACACGAGCAAUGGAUGAUCGUCGAGCAUUUUCUCAGACACCUUGGGGGCAACGCAGACGAGAAAGACAGCGAGGGCUUCACUAUUCUCGAUAGAAUGGCCAUGAGCACAGGUAGGGUAUUCAAAGAAGGGUGGUGUCAGUCCUAUGUCAUAUAUUUUAUAAAACAUUCGAGACCUCGGAGCAAUGUAGAACUCAUUCGCCUCACUGACAUGGCUGCCAGAGCAGGAAUGUAG